UGCGGCAGGAGGGCGGGCGAGUGGCGGCGCCUCCCCGUCGAGGGCCAUCUCGCCCGGUGAAGAAGCAAGGGGCCGGCCGGCUUGCACGGGCGCUCUGACCCAGCAAGACCCUUCUCCCUUUAACCUUGUCUUCAUUUUUGCCACGUAGUGUUCGCAAAAAAUAAAUUUGUGACGCAUACAGAGCGGUGAACAUGAACGAAGAAGGACGAAAGGGGGGAGGGAAGGAAGGCGGGAGAGAGACUCCAAGCGUAGGGAGCCGAGGGCAUUCCAGACUCUGCCCCGAGAAAGGGCGAGGAAGAAGCCACGUCAGAGCAGAGCAAGGGAAGGACCGCCGCGCCGAUAGGGGGCGGUAAGGAAACCUCGCCAAGGACGCGCCGAGAAGGCGGGCGCGCUGGCGGAAGCCGCCGCCGCCGGGCGCCCCUCCCUGUCCGGCCUCGGCUGAUCCGGGAGCGGCGGUGAGCCUCAGACGGGUCCCGCGGGGCCCUCCCCUUCCUUCCUUCCUUCCUUCCUUCCUUCCGCCUCCUUCAGUUCCUGGCUUUCGCCCGGCGGCCCUCAUGGCUUCCCGCGGCGACGAGGAAGGGGUGCUCUUCAGGCGCGGGACCGGACAGAGCGACGAUUCUGAUAUAUGGGAUGAUACAGCACUCAUAAAAGCUUACGAUAAAGCAGUCGCAUCCUUCAAGAACGCUUUGAAGAAUGGGGACUGUUCAGAACCUGUAGAUAAAACUGAGCAAAAUGCUGGGACAAAAAGAAAAAAUAAUAAAAAGAACAAGAGUAGAAAAAAAUGUAAUUCUGCACCACAAAAGCAGUGGAGAGUUAAUGACGCAUGCAGUGCAGUCUGGUCCGAAGAUGGUAAUGUGUACCAAGCAACUGUUACCUCAAUUAACCGAAAGAAGGGGACUUGUGUAGUUGUCUAUACUGGGUAUGGAAAUAGUGAAGAGCAAAACCUUUCCGAUCUUCUACCACCAGUGGAUGACGAGGGAACAAACGAAGAGAGAAGCACUGCUGAGAAUGAAAAUGAGACUCUAUAUUCAACAGAUGAAAGUGACCUCUCCUUCCAGUCACCUGGUAGCAAACACAAUCCUAAAAAAACAGCACAAUGGAAUUCCCACUUUCCUCCUCCACCACCACCACCUCCAGUACUGGGUUUUGGCAGGACUGGAAUGAAGUUCAGUGGACCUCCACCUUUCUUAGGCUGGCCUCCACCAUUUCCACCAGGACCACUGUUGAUACCACCACCGCCUCCACUUCUUAGUCAAGAUUCUCCUGAUGAUGAUGAAGCAUUGGGAAGUAUGUUGAUAGCCUGGUAUAUGAGUGGUUAUCAUACAGGCUACUAUCUGGGUUUAAAGCAGAGCCGAAUGGAAGCUGCCUCAGGGAGGCGUACCCACUCUAAGUAACACUGUUUAGAAAACUUCCUGUCCCCUCUACAUUGGUCAGCAAAGCUUUCACUGGUAUCAGAUUACUGAAUGGAUAAGCUAUGGCAAAAUGAACUAUUGAUACACAAGUCAGCAGUGGUAUUUUCACAGACAGCAAGAUUACUGACUGGCUAAGCCUGCCUUUUUCUUGUGGAUCUUACUUCACUAGAGACAUAUUCUGGUCUAACUGAACUAUUCAUGUGGUAUGUUAGCACUGGUCCUUAAGGUGAUUUUCCGAGAUGUCAAGUAUCUUCAGUCACAGCCCCACAAUGUGAAGAUGCUGACACUGAUGUGUAUCUCUUUGUAGCUGUGGAUGUUGUGACGACCUGAACAUAGACAAUGCCGAUCCAGAAGUGUAGUCAUUCAGCAAUCCCAACACUCAGCUGCUUUGAAAUAUUGGUCAAUAAAAUAAUUUUUUUCGAACUGAA